AUGCCGACAGCCCAAAAGAUUCGGAUGUUCUUGGCGGGCUUUGUGACCAGCCUGGGGGCGCUGGCAACUGUGUGUGUUGUUCUGAUCACCCCACAGUGGGUCACUGGGAAGAUUAAAUUCAGCGACAACAGAUUUUCCAAUGGAAGUGUGCUCAUCACCUAUGGAUUGUUCCGUGGUGAGAGCACCCAAGAGCUGGAUUCCGGGCUGGCAGAGCCGGAUCUGACCUUUGAAGUUUUAUCGAAAUUGUCAAACUCCUCUCAGAAAACUCUCCACUUAUUGGUCAUCACCCUCCUGCUCUUCAGUUUGUCGACAUCCCUGCUGAGUUCUGGGUUAACGUUCUUCAACAGCGUCAGCAAUCCCUACCAGACAUGGCUCGGCCCCACCAGCAUUUUUGUUUGGAACGGACUAAGUAUGACCUUUGUCGUGGUGGCCAUGAUCCUCUUUGCCGUGAACACGCAGGCCAACAAUCUGUCAGGGGUGCUGAGCUCCACACUCUACCUAAUGGAAGGUUACACAUACGGCGACACAACUCAUACAUACCAGUACUCCUUCUGGCUCCUACUCCUCAUUCUCCUCCUCAACAUCCUCACCGUCAUCGUCAUUGUUUUCUACCAGAAGGCAAGAUACCACAGGAAGCAGGAGCAUCAAAAGCCCAUGGAAAACGCGCCCAAAGAUGGGAUUUUGUUCUGACGGUGGGUCUUUACAGCUGCUCCUGCAACAGAGCCGCUGCUGACCCUGUUUGGCCUGUCAGAACUGUCAGUGGAAGCUCAGGGUCUCCACCGGCCUUUAUCGAAGUGCUCUUCACGGAAUUCCUGGCUUGUUUCCAGGCCAGCCCUGGGGGCCGAGCUCUUCCCCCUUUCUCACAGGGGUCGGACCUCUCUCCUGGAGAUUGCUUUGUAGGACUUUGUGUGUACUUUUUAAUGACUUAACUGAGCACCUGCUUCAUCUCCCUCUAGAAUGUAAGCUCCUCGAGGGCAGAUAGGUUUUGUUUUGGUUUGUAGCCCAGCACAACGACCUCCUGGUGGAAUUGAACUCUUGUUACUUUGUGUCAUUUUUCAAAUUUCAUCCACUGCACAUGGUCUGGACUUGCCUCCUGGUGUAGUUUUCUCAAGGCCAAGACUUCCAUCUCAUGAAGGCGCGUUGAUCACUGUCCAGCCAUUGCUUGUAUUUAUGAGACUGGACCCUUUUAGAAGCAGACUAUUAUGAGAAUCAAAUGAGAUAACCGAAGUAAAGUGCUUUACAACCCUAAAGUGACAUAUAAAUGCUAGCUAUUGUUAUUAUUAUUAUUGUUGUUGUUAUUAACGAUUAUAAACAGUGCUUUUCGUGGGUCCUCUCAUCCUGCCCCAGACAUGAGCUCACUUAACUAUGGGAGGGAACACAGGCUAUUUUACAAAUGGAAACCCCAGAGGCCUGAAGAUUUGGGGGGUAUGUCUGAACACAGCCAUAUUUUAUUAAAUACUUUGGAUUAAAAAUUCAGAGGGGAACAUCUAACUCCCCAGUGACAAAAAGAAAAACUUAGGGGCAAAUGAAUGCAUUGAAGGGGAGUCUUUGUACUUGAUGAUAAAGGGGCCAUGUUUCCCAGGGGCGCAUGCUCAAGAUUG